CCCCUUUGUUCUUUUGUUUCGUUUUUUAAGUUCCACACAUGAAUGAAAUCAUAUGGCUUUAACAGUUAUUUAAAUAAAUGAAAGUCAUUCACCUAAAUCACAGAUAUAGUAUAAUGUCAGAAUCAUAAUAUAGAUUUCAGCCGUACAAUUGCUGUAUUUAAGAGCUGUGUUGCCGCCCCAGAAAAGGUUUUUUUUUUUUUUUAAUUUUAAAUCCAAAUUAGUUAACAUAAAGCAUAAUAAUAAUUUCAGGAAUAGAAUUUAGUGAUUCAUCACUUACAUGUAACGCCUAGUGCUCACCCCAACAAGUGUCCUCCUUAAUGUCCCUUGCUCAUUUAGCCUUUCCUCCUACCCAACACCCCACCAGCAACCCUCAGUUUGUUCUCUGUAUUUAAGAGUCGCUUAUGGUUUGUUUUCCUUUCUGUUUUUAUGUUAUUUUUGCUUCCCUUCCCUUAUGUCCAUUUGUUUUGUAUCUUAAAUUCCACAUAUUAGUGAAAUCAUAUGCUACUUAUCUUUCUCUGACUGACUUAUUUCGCUUGGAAUAAUACACUCUAGUUCCAUCCACAUUGUUAUAAAUGGCAAGAUUUCAUUCUUUUGGAUCACCAAGUAAUAUUCCAUUGUAUACAUAUAUACAUUCAAGAGUGGCUGCACCAGCUUGCAUUCCCACCAGCAGUGCAAAAGAGAUCCUCUUUCUCUGCAUCCUCGCCAACAUCUGUGGUUGCCUGAGUUGUUCACGUUAGCCAUUCUGACAGGGGUGAGGUGGUGUCUCUCUGUGGUUUUGAUUUGUAUUUCCCUGAUGAUGAGUGAUGUUGAGCAUUUUUUCAUGUGUUAGUUGGCCGUCUGGAUGUCUUCUUUGGAAAAGUGUCUAUUCGUGUCUUUUGCCCAUUUCUUCACUGGAUUAUUUGUGUUUUUGGGUGCUGAGUUUGAUUAAGUUCUUUAUAGAUUUUGGAUACUAACUAUCUGAUAUGUCAUUUGCAAAUAUCUUCUCCCAUUCUGUCGGUUGCCUUUUAGUUUUACUGAUUGUUUCCUUUUCUGUGCAGAAGCUUUUUAUCUUAAUGAGGUCCAAAUAGUUCAUUUUUGCUUUUGUUUUCCUUGCCUCUGGAAACAUGUCAAGAAGUUUCUGCAACCGAGGUCAAAGAAGUUGUUGCCUUUUUUCUCCUCUAGGAUUUUGAUGGCUUCCUGUCUUACAUUUAGGUCUUUCAUCCAUUUUGAGUUUAUUUUUGUGUAUGGUGUAAGAAACUGCUCCAAGUUCAUUCUUCUGCACGUUGCAGUCCAGUUUUCCCAACACUAUUUGCUGAAGAGACUGUCUUUUUUCCAUUGGAUAUUCUUUCCUGCUUUGUCAAAGAUUAGCUGGCCAUAUGUUUGUGGGUCCAUUUCUGGGUUCUCUAUUCUGUUCCAUUGUGUCUGUUCUUGUGCCAGUACCAUACCGUCUUGAUGAAUCCAGCUUUGUAGUAUGGCUUGAAGUCUGCAAUUGUGAUGCCUCCAGCUUUGGUUUUCUUUUUCAGGAUUGCUUUGGCUGUUUGAGGUCUUUUCUGGUUCCAUACAAAUUUUAGGAUUGUUUGUUCUAGUUCUGUGAAGGAUACUGGUGUUAUUUGGAUAGGGAUUGCUCAGAAAAGUUUUAAAGCAAGGAUGAGUAGUACCAGACCAUAUAUGUCAAAAUCUUAUGGCUGUUAUUGUCAUCUUAGACUAUGGGGAGGACCCUGGAUAGUUUUCCCAAAUGAUCAUGUCUUGACCUCUCAGGUGUCUGUGUUGUUAGGAUCUCAGCUAUUCUCUUCAUCUAAAAGACAUUUCUAGGUUGCCUUCAAAAUAGAGGCAUCAACUACUGGAUUUUUCUCUGAACACACUACCUUUUGGAACUGCAGUGUGAUCCUUCAGGGCCUCCUUCUGCCAUGAAAUACUGGCUGGGGGGGGCGGGUGGCGGUGGUGAUAGUGGUGGAAGCAUUCAAUUAAGUGAUGAGCCAGUGUCAUCUCUGUGGAGGACCCCAGCUUCCCUUAAAACCGGUGGCGAAGCUUGUACCCAGUAUAAGGUAAUGAAGUAUAGCCGAGAACCAUGUAGUAAUUAUCUUUUAUCCCUCGAAGAUCUCAGAGAUUUGUGUCCCGUUUCUCUGUCCUGUUAAGGAGUAUAGUGAAAGCAACAAAUUUUGGAGACAAAGGGACCUGGCUUUGGUCUUAGCGGGGCCACCGCCAGAACUACAGCCACAUUUGUGUUUUCCUGUAAUGUAUAGUGUGCUGUGACUGAUUGGACUUAAGUAUGCACAACAUUGGGGAUUAACAGUUGACACAUAAGCAGGUAGUUACUUCAAGUCAACUUUUAGGAAAAUCCUGUUUUGCGCAAGUAUUAACACAGGGGAUGGCGACGAUUCUGGGCUCGGAAAUACCCUUUUUCCACUUAGCGUUUGGAAAAGGAAAGUAAGGCCGAAAGGAGGUCUAACGCCCACCAGCGGGCACCGCCCCCUCUUAGCCCCACCCCUACCAAGGCCCCGCGUCCUUGCUAUUGGUUCCUUUCGCUGCGCCGUCCGUUGCCGUGGAGACCAAGGCUAUGGCAACCAGGAGAAGCCAAACUUGGUCCUUCCUCUGGAACCGCGAGGGCUUCAGCACAAGGGGCUGGACUACGCGCGGAGUUCAUGGCGCUCUACGAGCUUUUCUCUCAUCCGGUGGAGCGCGGUUACCGCGCGGGGCUCUGCUCCAAGGCCGCGUUGUUCCUGCUGCUGGCCGCCGUGCUCACGUACAUCCCGCCGCUGCUGGUGGCCUUCCGGAGCCACGGGCUUUGGCUGAAGCGGAGCAGCUACGAAGAGCAGCCGACCGUGCGCUUCCAGCACCAGGUGCUACUCGUGGCCCUGCUGGGACCCGAUCACGGCGGGUUCCUGGCCUGGAGCACGUUCCCCGCUUUCAACCGACUGCAGGGGGAUCACCUGCGCGUCCCGCUGGUUUCGACUCGAGAAGAAGACAAGAACCAGGAUGGGAAAAUGGACGUGUUACAUUUUAAACUGGAGCUUCCUCUGCAGUCCACGGAGCAUGUUCUUGGUGUGCAGCUCAUCUUGACUUUCUCCUACCGAUUGCACAGGAUGUCGACAUUCGUGAUGCAGAGCAUGGCGUUUCUCCAGUCCUCCUUUGCUGUGCCAGGGUCCCAGCUCUAUGUGAACGGAGACCUGAGGCUGCAGCAGAAGCAUCCCCUAAGCUGCGGUGGCCUCGACGUUCGGUACAACGUGUCUGUAAUCAACGGGACCAGCCCUUUUGCCCGUGACUAUGACCUCACCCACAUUGUUGCCGCUUACCAGGACAGGAAUGUAACCACCGUCCUGAUGGACUCCAACCCCAUCUGGCUGGUGGGAAGGGCCGCCGAGGCUCCAUUUGUGAUUAACGCCAUCAUCCGGUACCCAGUGGAAGUCAUUUCUUAUCUACCAGGAUUCUGGGAAAUGAUAAAGUUUGCCUGGAUCCAGUAUGUCAGUAUCCUGCUUAUCUUCCUCUGGGUGUUUGAAAGAAUCAAAAGAUUUGUGUUUCAGAAUCAGGUGGUGACCACGAUCCCUGUCACCAUAAUGCCCCAGGGAGAACCGUAUAAGGAGCACUUAUCAUAAGAAGACCAUUUCUGAGAACUAAGCAGGACCCUGGCUACCUCAGCCUUGUCUUCUGGGAACGGCCAUCUUAAGAAAUUUUUGCAAAGAGCUCCUCAUGGACACGUGCCCGUGCGUGUCCUUUUCCUAUCAGAGACAAAGGACAAUCCGUUGUAAGUUUUCUCUACGCAAAUUCCAUGUCUUCUAAGCACCUCCACAAUCUUCAGGGACUAGUUUGUGGAAACAUCCAGAGGUUCCUGAAGGCUAUAAUUUGCUUUUUUUUUUUUUUUUUUUUUUUUGCCUUAGACUUGAAUUUCAGGAGAAAACUGCAGUCAGUUCAGAACUCUUGGAAAGAGUCCCAUCUCUGGUCAAGCAAAGACUUUUCCUCUCUUGAACUGAGAAACAUGCUAUGCAUUUCUUCCCACUAUUGUAAACCACAUUUUACUCUUUUCAGGCCUCUCUUGUGAGAGAUAUGCAAAUCAGUAGUACUUUCCACUCCUGAGCAUCUAAAUUUCCCAUUCAGAACUUUGGUUUCCAGAACUGAGAGGUCCUUGAGGGGGAGAAUGGGAGCGAGAGAAAGGGAGCGCUGGAGAGCACAUGCACGCACACGUGUCCGGUGGGCGACUCCAGGACACCGGGACCAUCCACCUGCCCUCAGGCUAACAGACAGUGGUCUGUCAUCAGCUGGGCUGAGCAGCCCUUUAUCCCUGCCCUGCUGUGGCUGGCUUUGUGCCCUGCCUUUUGCCCUGUCUGUGCCCCUGGAACAGCAGGCUGAAGCCAGAGUGCUCUUUCGUUCACAGUCCCCUCCGCAACAGUGGGGGAAGUAAGGAUUGUAACAACAGUUUCUUUCUCUCUGGCCCUUACCCAACAGCCUGGACACUUGCCACUCCUCCUCCUUGACAGCCCUCCCCCACUUCUUGAAAAGGACGCGGGUGACAGAGGACCUGUUGUUGGUAUUGGCUCCCACUGCCAACAACCACAGAGUUUGUUUGGAGGGCUAGCAGGAGACCCAGCUACUUGUAUUUCCCGUGAUGAAGGGACAGGGUGCCCGUCAGAGUGAGCAGCUUUGGGGAGAACGAACAAGGGGGUUUACCGAGGGGGUAAAGAGGAUGCUUGCCCGCCCAGGACAGCCUAAUCCGGCCUGGUUGUUAGCAGAAUGACAAGCGGUCCGACAGGAUCAACCUCCUGCCUAAGUGAGUGUCAUCAGGAUGGGACUGCUGAAAUGGGCCUCUGUUGCCCACGGAAGGCUAGUUCGCCGUUCCUGGCCUGAGGAAAUGAGCUGUCCUCAAAGGACAGAUGGAUCUACUUUAUGAUCCCAAGAUGUCACUGGCACUGGAGACACGCCUGCUCUGAACCAUGCUUCAGGCCCACUCACCCACACACUCCUCUACACGUGUAUGCCUCAGUUUACCUUGGAGAUUCAGUUCUCAUUUCCAAAGCACCUUUUCUUUCAGGCUGACCAAGAUAAGAGUUUUGGAAACAGCCGCUUUGAAGUAUUCAAGCACAAAACUAGCUUAACACUGGCCCCUCUGCCUUGUCUUUUACUAUCUAGGGCUGUUUAUAUACCUACACGUUUUUUCUUGGGAUUUAAAUGAAAAAUGGUUUCUGGUUUGAAUCACAAAAAGGUAAGGAGAAACGGGAAGAUAGCUAAAGACAUGAAUUAACACCGCUUUGCAUUUUGUUAAAUUAUUUUCAGGCAGAACUUGUAUAAAGAACCAUGAUGUUUUGUACCUUUCUAAUUAAAAUAUUCAAAAUGGAA